AACCCUAACUAUUCAAAGAUUUUAGGCUAGGGAAGAAAGGGAGAUUAUGCGGGCAAAGAUCGAGGAGGAGAGCGAGCGCGCUCGAUUGGCGAGCAAGGAGGAGCUCGCGGCGCCGCUCCAGGCGCUGCCGCCAGUACAGUUCGCAUUCGCCUAUGGCUCGGGAGUUUUCCGUCAGCGCGAGAUCUCGGAAUCAUCGGAUCGCACGGUGGACUACAUUUUGGGUGUCUCGUCGCCAGCGCAGUGGCAUUCACAGAAUAUAGAGAUGAAUCCAUCGCACUACUCAUCUUGGAUCGCUCACUUUGGCGGCAAAGCGGUAGCGGACGCAGCUUGUAUUCUUGGAGUUGGCGUUCACUUCAAUCCCUUUGUGGAGUGGCGGGGCAAAGUGAUCAAAUAUGGUGUUGUUGGUCUUUCUGAUCUCGUGGGCGACAUUCUAACGUGGAGAAGACUCUACAUUAGUGGGCGGCUCCAAAAGCCUGUGUGUAUGCUCGUGGACCAUUCUGGGAUAGCACAGAAGAACAAAGUAAAUCUUCAGGCCGCUCUUUCGACUGCAAUGCUUCUACUGCCUGACGAAUUUUCCGAGGAACAACUAUACGAAACAAUUUGCGGACUAUCCUACCAGGGUGACAUACGACUUCUUUUCGCCGAGGAUAAAAAUAAGGUUUCGAAGAUCGUCCAGGGCAGUUUCUCGAAUUUCCGCAACUUGUACAGUUCCUCUAUCCAACAGGCAACAACGAGCGACGUUCUGAAGCUGUCUCAGAAGGACGAGAAAGUUCUCAGUUCUCGAUUUUCACAGGAGCUUGGCCCUGAUGCCGUCCGGGAGCAUGUUUCUCACCUCCCUUCGACGCUUCUCCAGCGUUUGGCAGCUAAAACGGGAACAAGAUGCGAGAAUUCAUCGGGAGGCAGCGUCGCGGUCGCCGAUGCGCUGGUGAGAUUUGGGAAUGCCCGGCAGAGAUUGAUCAAGCAAGCAGUGGCGAGCAUCGUUCGCACGUCGAGCUUGAAGCAAGCGCUCUCGGGAUUCAUAGCUGCCGGUGGAGUGAAUGCGUUCCGAUACGCGUCCAGGAAAGUAGGCAAAGCGUGGAAAUCCUGCUCCUGAGCGCGAAAUAUUUGAAUUUAAAUUUUGAAAUUUUAAC